CAAGGAAAAUUCCCUUUCAGAGAGAGAGACAGAGAGAGAGAGGGAAAUUAAUUACAAAACAAUCAGAGCUUUUAGAGAGAGAGAGAGAGAGAGACAGAGAGAGAUGGAGUUCCCUGUCAUUAACCUUGAGAAGCUUAAUGGUGAGGAAAGAGCUGUCACCAUGGCAAAGAUCAAAGAUGCCUGUGAAAAUUGGGGCUUCUUUGAGUUGCUGAACCAUGGAAUAGAGCCGGAGUUCUUGGACACAGUUGAGAGGAUGACAAAGGGUCACUACAGGAAAUGCAUGGAGCAGAGAUUUAAAGAAAUGGUGGCCAGCAAAGGCCUUGAGGGUGUCCAAACUGAGAUCAAAGAUAUGGACUGGGAAAGCACCUUCUUCCUCCGCCACCUCCCUGAGUCAAACAUUGCUCAAGUUCCUGAUCUCGAUGAUGAAUACAGGAAGGUGAUGAAGGAAUUUGCAGCAAAGUUGGAGAAACUGGCAGAGGAGCUCCUGGACUUGUUAUGUGAGAAUCUUGGACUUGAGAAAGGGUACCUGAAGAAGGCCUUUUAUGGGUCAGGGGGUCCAACCUUUGGCACUAAGGUUAGCAACUACCCACCAUGCCCCAAGCCAGACCUGGUCAAGGGUCUCAGAGCCCACACAGACGCUGGUGGGAUCAUCUUGCUGUUCCAGGAUGACAAGGUCAGUGGCCUUCAGCUCUUGAAAGAUGGGCAGUGGAUUGAUGUGCCGCCUAUGCGCCACUCCAUUGUUAUUAACCUAGGAGACCAGCUUGAGGUAAUAACCAACGGCAAGUACAAGAGUGUUGAGCACAGAGUUGUGGCUCAAACAGAUGGUACCAGGAUGUCCAUAGCUUCAUUCUAUAACCCUGGAAGUGAUGCAGUAAUCUACCCAGCACCAGCUUUGGUUGAGAAAGAAGCAGAGGAGAAGAAGCAAGUCUACCCAAAAUUUGUUUUUGAAGACUACAUGAAGCUGUAUGUGGGGUUGAAAUUCCAGGCUAAGGAGCCAAGAUUUGAAGCAAUGAAGGCUGUGGAAACUAAUGUCAAAUUGGGUCCCAUUGCUACAGCUUAAUUAUAGAUUAUUUUUAGUGGAAAGAGAGGAAUAUUUGGGAGUGUUCUAUUUAUUAUUAAUUAUUAAGUGAUAAUUUGUUGAGUCAUCUUCUUAACAAGAAAAAGAUGAUGUGUGCUUUACUUCUUGUAGUCUUUGUCAUCAGUUUGUUCUCUGUAGAAAUAGAUGAUAAUGAUAUUUAGUUUUUUAAGAAUAA